AUGAGCGGCGAGGGCCAGGAGCACGGGCCGGUGUUCCUGCUGGAGCCGCCGGCGCGACUGGUGUUCUCGUCCCGCGGCGGCGCGCGCGCAGCCUGCGCGGCGCAUGGCCAGCCGCCGCCCACGCUCGCCUGGCUGCACGCCGACGGGACCGCGCUCGACACCGUGCCAACGCUCAGGGAGGUGCUAGACAACGGCACGCUGGUGUUCCUGCCGUUCAGCGGCGCGCAGUACCGCGCAGACGUGCACGCGGCCGUGUACCGAUGCCGCGCGCACAACACGCACGGUGCCGCGCUCAGCCGAGACAUGCGCGCGCACGCAGUGGUGUACCAGGAGUGGAGCGUGCGGGUGACGGCGACGGCGGCAGAGGUUGGAGGCCCAGCGUUGCUCACGUGUGCCGCGCCACCCGGCUUCCGAGACCACGCCGCCGUCGCCGCGUGGUACCGCGACGACGCUGUGUUGCCAGCUGCUGACCAUUUAUCGGGGUCAACGCUCCAACUAGAUGAGGGUUGGAAGCUGGUGGUGCGGUCGGUGCGCGAGGAGGACGCGCGGGCGCAGUACUCCUGCUCCGUCGUAGAUUCUCUCACCAACGAGCGCCGGCGCAGCGGUCCCGUCAGCAUCGAGGUCGCUCCCGUGAGCAUGGCGUCGGCUCCGCGCGCGAUCGCGCACGGCAUGUGGGAGGAGACAGUGCGGCGCGGUGCGGACGCCAUGCUGCCGUGUCUGGUGCACGCCAACCCACCGGCCACCAUCACCUGGUACCGUGAGUCUCCCGGCGGGUCUCUCCGCGAGGUGCGCACGAGUGAGGGCGAUCCUACAGCCCGCUACUGGUCGUCGCGCGGCGCGCUCGGCGUGCGCAGAGCGGACACGCAGGACGCGGGGCGUUGGACGUGCCGCGCCGCCAACGCGCACGGACACGUCACGCUGCGGCUGCACCUCGCACUGCGCGCGCAGCUCACUGUACACGUGCAGCCGCAUACGCAGGUGGUAAACAGCGGCGGCACAGCCACAAUAAACUGCUCGUGGAGUGGUUGGCCAGCACCACGGCUAGAAUGGCUGCACAACGGAGUCCCCCUGGGUAGCAGCGUGUCUGGAGGCCGCGUGCGGGUGACCAGCAGCGGUGACCAGCUGGUCGUGGCCAACGUGCAACGCCCAGACAGAGGCGUCUAUCAGUGCAUGGCCAGGAAUGAGAAGGACUCCGCGCAGGCCAGUGCUGAGCUCAGACUUGGGGACACAGCACCGGAACUCCAGUACACCUUCAUCGAGCAAGUGCUACGCGCGGGACAAGUGGUGACGCUCAAAUGCUCGGCGAGUGGCUCGCCAGCACCACACUUCUCCUGGAUGCUGGACGGGCAGCCGCUAAACGCCAUGGCGAGGGGACAUAGAUACAGCGUGGAACAGUUCACGACGAAGAACAACGACGUGGUGAGCUACCUGAACAUAUCGGCCGUGAGGUCAGAGGACGGCGGCCUCUACACCUGCAGGGCCGCCAACUCGCUUGGAGAGGUCGCUCAUACCUCCCGGCUCAAUAUCUAUGGACCACCUUACGUGAGAUCCAUUGGACCAACCAGAGCUGUGGCUGGUCGAGAGCUGGUGUUGUAUUGCCCCUAUUCUGGCUAUCCUAUAAGUUCAGUGAAAUGGGAGCGAGAUGGUAGCUCCGUGGAGUGGGACAGUGGCACAGAUGGGGCCUUGCGGAUUCAGAGGGUGGAGCCCACCCACGCUGGGGCCUACACCUGCGUGGUCACGGGCCCCCACGGGGAAAUGGCCAGGAGGGAGCUGCAACUCAUUGUCAGCAAUCCACCAGAGAUCGAGCCGUUCUCAUUCUCUGCCAACCUCCAAGAAGGCAAGCGUGCGCAAGUCAGCUGCAGCGUGACGUCAGGGGACAUGCCUGUCCACUUCACCUGGCUCAAAGACAAUGGACCUAUACCCUCGUCUUUACAGGUGGAGGAGCGAGGUGCUGACUUUUUCAGCAACCUCGUAUUCAAAGAGGUGUCGGCACGACACAGCGGACUUUACACUUGCGUUGCUUCCAACUCAGCGGCCAAAGUUAACUAUACUGCAGAACUAGUGGUCAAAGUAUCACCUAAAUGGGUGGUGGAGCCGAAGGAUGAGGCAGUGCUGGCGGGAGAGCCCGUGGCUCUUCACUGUCAGACUACGGGCUCGCCUACUCCGCAGAUCACCUGGCACAAACAGAGAGGGUCAGGUUCAACUGAGUACGUGCCGCUGAUGACCCUGGGCCGGAGACACCAGCUGUUUCCCAACGGGACGCUGCUCCUGGAUUCAGCCCUGCCCUAUGACGAGGGCCACUACAUGUGCAAGGCUGAGAACGGGGUCGGCUCGCCUCUCACGCACACCAUCUAUGUUGCUGUCAAUGAGCCAGCCCGUUUCGAACUGACGUCACACAACAUGACGGCCCGUCGCGAUGCGCCCGCGACUCUCGUUUGCGACGUGCGCGGAGACAGCCCCAUACGCGUGCAGUGGGCGCACAACACCAACCAGCUAGAUCUUAAUACUUAUAGGUUAAGCAUCUCUGAAGCAAAGACUGAUAGUGGUUUAAGGUCCCAAUUAUACAUCAGCAGAGCCGACAGACAGGACUCUGGUGUUUACAAGUGCCAAGCUGUCAAUGCCUACGGUCACAGCGACCAUUACAUUUAUUUAUCCGUCCAAGAAAAGCCGGACUCGCCACACUCGCUCACAGUGACGGAGAUCCUGUCGCGCGCGGUGCGCCUGUCGUGGUCGCAGGGGUUCGACGGCAACUCACCGCUGGUUGGCUACUGCGUGCAGUACGCCGAGCUGUCCCCACAGGCCUCCAUCCGCGCGCACCAGUGGGACGCUGCCACCACACUCAACGUCUCCGUCCAUGGACCCGCCAACAAUUUUAUUACCCUCACUAAGAAAGGAGACAUUCACUACGAGGCUCUGGUGAGCAACCUGAAACCACAUACCGCGUACAUGAUUCGCAUCGCUGCCAUCAACCAGAUCGACCGCAGCGCCUUCACCGAGCCCGUCGUCGUCAAGACGCAGGAAGAAGCCCCAUCAGAAGCGCCGACCAACGUGCAUGUGACGGCCGGCGGGGCGGGGGAGCUGCUGGUCUCGUGGCGCGCCCCAGCCCGUGACGCGUGGCACGGUGAACUGCUAGGAUACGCUGUCACCUGCACUGAGAUUGGGCCUGCGGGGACACCGCUGCAUAACACGUCCAGAACACUAACAGUAAACGGGUGGUCAGCGACGGAGUUGAGUCUGUCUGCGCUGCGCAAAUUCACGCGGUACGAGGUGCGCGUGCGCGCGUUCAACGGCGUCGCCGCCGGGCCCGCCUCCGCGCCCGUCACCGCCACCACUCUCGAGGGAGUGCCCGAAUCGCACCCAACGCGUGUGAUAUGCUCAGCACUAUCGUCAUCCAGCAUGAAGGUCUCCUGGGGCCCGCCGCCGCUGGGCCAGCACGGCGGCAUCAUCCAGGGGUACAAAGUCAUCUAUACGCCGCUCACCACGGACCAUGCGGACGUGGGUGAGAUCAAGCGCGUGACGACGACGGAGACGUACCUACACACGCUGCGCAAGUACACCAACUACUCGGUGCAGGUGCUGGCGUUCACCAACGCUGGCGACGGCAAGCGCAGCCCGCCCGUCUACUGCAUGACCGAGGAAGAUGUGCCCUCGGCCCCACACAAGAUCAAAGCGUUAGCGUUUUCCAGCGACUCAGUGCUAGUCAGCUGGCUUCCGCCGUUACAUCCUAACGGGAUCAUCUCGCAUUAUACUGUCUACUACAGAGAAGCGGGCAGGUUAGGCAAGCAUUCGAGCUUCACAGUGUCAGCAGACAAGAAACCGGACGUGGAGCUCAUGUUCCAGGUUCGCAACCUGCUCGAGAGCCAGCUCUACGAGUUCUGGGUAUCGGCUACCACUGGCUCGGGAGAGGGAGAGUCCACGCCUGUGGUCGGACAGGGGCCUAGUAGCAGAAGCGCGGCGCGCAUCGCGUCGUUCGGCGGCGCGGUGCGCGCGCGCGCGGGCGCCGGCGCGCUGCUGGCGUGCACGGCGCUGGGCGCGCCCGCGCCGCGCUCGCGCUGGACGCACCGGCGCCAGCCCGUCACGCACCACCCGCACUACCGGGUCACGCACCGCGGCCACCUGCACAUCACCGAGGUAAACGAGCAGUCGUCAGGUAACUUCACAUGCACGGCCAGCAACGCGCUGGGCGAGGAUGCGAUCGUGUACUCGGUGACGGCGCUCCUCCCGCCGGCGGCGCCUGCGCUGGCUCUACACUACACCACUGCUUCCGCUAUCAAGCUACAUUGGCAGCCACCGCCGCCUGAUGUCACCGAGCCUAUAUUGGGAUACAUCCUCAACUACAAACAAGCAUCAGAAACAGAAUGGCACACGGUGGAACUAUCACCAGAAGUGUCUGCAUACACUAUGGAGAUGCUGAAGUGUGGCACCACAUACAACGCCAAGAUACAAGCUUGGAAUAAAAUCUCCAUAGGACCGCCCAGCGAGGUCCUCACUGCCACUACUAGGGGAGGACGUCCAAAGCCACCAAAGCCAGAAGAACACAUGUACGCCAACUCGACGGCCAUCAAAAUCAACUUCUACGCGUGGAGGGACGGCGGCUGCCCUAUUCUUGGCUUCCGCGUCUCCUACCGUCGAGCUGGAGCUGAACAUUGGAUUAAAGUGGGAGACCUGAUGAGUUCUGCAAGUCAUGUAGUAGGCGACCUGACGCCAGGCACAUGGUACGAGUUAGCAGUGGAAGCGGAAAGCGACGCAGGCGCAGAACGGGUCACGCUGUUUGUCGACACACAUACCUUGGCUGGAGGGCGCAUCCCCACAUUACAGCCGCGUGCGCCGGUGGCCGAGGGCGCACGUUCCAACGGCCUGCGCACAGUGCUACUGUCUUGCGUGGCCAGCGCCGUCGUCAUAGUGUGUACCCUGGCUGGCAUCAUCUGCUUGCUACAGCAUAAACGGAAGUUCUUCUGCAUAGCAAGUGACCACUACAUGAGAGACGACAGGAAACUAAGCGAGAGCAACGAAGCGGAAAGAGAAAAGCUCCGAGAAGGACACAAAUUGUACUCAUCGUCGUCCAUUAAUGGCAACGAGAAGAGUAAUGACGAUUCCUCAGCGGAGCUGUACGAGAUCAGCCCGUACGCGACGUUCGGCGUGUCGGGCGCGAGCGCGCACUCGCUGCAGUUCCGCACGCUGGCGCGCCGCGACGACGACGCCGCGCCGCCGCACCGGCGCCGGCGCCGCGCCUGCGACCACUACCGAUACGAUGAGUCGAGCCUGUCUAAAUGCUCGACAGUGGAGGCGCGCCACCGCCUGCGGGCCGCCGCCGCGCCCGCGCCCGCGCCCUGGAGGGACCACACCGACUCCGACGACAACAGCGACAGUGCUGCCAACACUACUACUAAGGGCUCGGGCGGGUCCCCGGGCGGCAGCGUGUACGGCAGCGGCCGGCGCAGCGCGCGCACCGCCAGCAGCGGGGGACCGACUGGGAGCGACUGUCUUUCUGGGAGUAUCGCGCCCAUCCCCGCUGAUAUAUCUUCUUUAAUUGACAAGUAUCAACAAAGGAAGGAACAAGAGCGUCGUGAAUGCACUAUACACGUUUAGCAUUAAUGAAACAAGAUUUAUGUAAUUAAGUAACUUACCCAAAUUUAUAAGCUGAAGUGCUGAACAAACGUCUUCCUUGCCUUCCUUCCUCUAUACUUCCCCAUUUAGAAAAAAAAAUCUUUCUAUAUCCUACCUAUGACGUUAAUGUUCUAUACAAAAUACUUAUUUCUCAUUUGAUGAGUGAAAUUAAGUUAUGAAACCUAUUAAUGACGAUGAAAUUAAAAUAUUUAUGUAAAAUGCUGAUUGAUCUAGCUGUUGUUUCUUAAAAGGGCUUAAAUUUUGUGAUUCCGUCAAAAACUGACUAAACGUGACAUUCCAUGUUUGACAGUAAAAAAAAAUAUUGUUAUGUAAAAUAAUGUGAUUUAUUUAAAAGCUGUUAAAAUGGCAACUUAGAUUAAAAUUGGUAUCUAAUAAAAAUGUAUAUAGUAGUAAAAUCGCGUACCUACUUGCGCAAGUUAUAGGUCCAUUUUGUUUGCUUUGAGAUUAUCUGAAACUUGAUAUUAUAAUUAUUAUACAUUGUUAACGUAAGCUAAUGGCCUAAACCAAAAGUGUAAGCCACAUUUUGCCAUCAAGAAGAGAAAGUAUUUAUGAAAAACAUUUAAACCUAAAUAAAUAAGUUGAUUAACAUAACUUAGAUAAUCUCUUGGCAAACUCUUAAAUAAGUACUUACCAAAUUAUUAUGUGCAUUUGAUGAUUACUUACGAUUUUCAUAUUUUGUCGCUGUGCUUUUUAAAGCAUAACAUAAAUGUCAUAGCAAACAAAAAGUAAUUUAUAAAAUCUCAUGCACAUAAGUAUGUAAGUAUUAAAAAAAGUAUUUGAAUAACAAGAUUGUUAGAAGUUAAGUAAAUGGUAACGGCUGUUCCAAACUGCAAAGGAUACAUAUCAUUAAAAUAGACUGCCAAUACUCAUUAAGUGAUUCAUAAUUCUUUUACUGUAUUGUUGAUUAAUAUAGUUAAUAGCUAUUAAUUAUACACUAUUGUAUAAAAAUCUUUCUAUAUACAUGUUGUGUAAUAAUAAAAUUAUGUUUUAAUU